GACGCGGUUGCGGUUCAGCCAUUUUGAAGUCGUAACAAUUUGUUGUGCACUUUAUACGUUUGUCCGUCGUAUUAAUAUUUUCUUUUCCGUUUCUGAUAUUCUUGACUGUUGUAUCUAAAAGGACUAAGGAGCACGUUCAUCAGCACUGACGUUUCGCAUUUACAGUUUAGACGCUUUUAAGACUGUACUUCCAAAUCAUCAGACAUGAAGAGAUUCAAUGAUGGUCAUUCAAAUGCCCCAUUUAAACGGCCCAAGAUGGGUCCCGAUGACAUAGAAUUAAGAGUUCUUAUUCCAAGCAAGGUUGCUGGUUCAAUUAUUGGUAAGGGUGGAUUCAACAUAUCCAGACUGCGUACAGACUACAAUGCCACAGUCACUGUCCCAGAUUGCCCGGGUCCUGAACGGAUACUGACUAUUAUUUCAAGUAAUGACAAUGCUUUGAAAGUUUUGGGUGAAGUUAUGGGCAACUUAGAAGAUGGUGGCUCAAGAUUUAAACGUGGUGGAGCUGGUGGUGGUCAAGGUAAUAACGAUAAUCAAGGAGAGACUGAUGUUGAUGUCAGAAUGUUAGUACACCAAAGUCAAGCUGGAUGUAUAAUUGGAAAAGGAGGAUUAAAAGUGAAAGAGCUAAGAGAGAAAACGGGAUCACGGAUUAAAAUUUACACGAGUUGUUGUCCUAUGAGUACUGAUAGAGUUGUACAAAUAACUGGAAAACCAAAUACCUGUUCAGAUUGUGUAAGGGAAGUCCUGGAUUUACUAAAAACUGCACCUGUGAAAGGGGCAGAAGAUCCAUAUGAUCCCAAUAAUUUUGAUGAAUACUAUUCAGAUGAAUAUGGUGGUUAUGGUAAUCCAGCUGGUGGUGGUGGUAUGAGAGGUGGUAAUAUGAAUCAACGUGGACCACCUGGACCAGGAAGAUUCCAAGGCGGCGGCGGUGGUGGACCUAUGAAUAAUCGUGGAAUGGCUUAUUCCAGAGGCGGCGGUGGUGGUCGUGGUGGCGGCGGUGGAUUUGGUGGCGGUGGCGGUGGAGGAUUCGGUAAUACUGGCGGAGGAAAUUAUGGAGGUAAUGCUGGAGGCUAUGGCGGUGGACCCGGUGGUUAUGGAAAUAAUGUUGGAUCUGGAAGUUUUGGCGGUGGCGGCGGAGGUUAUGGUGGUGGCUUUGAUGAUGGUCCUAUGAGUGAUUUUAGUAUGCCUCCUCCAGCUAUGGGUGCUGGAGCCGGAAAACCUGCAGCUUUUAAUGGUUCUACGCAAGUCACUAUUCCGAAAGAUCUCGCGGGCGCGAUAAUCGGCAAAGCCGGCGCUAGAAUCCGUCGCAUACGCCAAGAUUCAGGAGCCGGAAUCACUAUUGGCGAACCCACUGAAGGCUCAGAUGAACGAAUAAUCACUAUAAAUGGCACAGACAGUCAAAUUCAAAUGGCACAAUAUUUAUUACAACAAUGCGUUCAAGCCCAAAAACCUGGAGGUCCUGGUGGCGAUGGCUUCAUGUAAAAAAAAAAAAAAUGCAAUUUGAUUUUUGCUAUUCAAUUAUGUUUUCAAUCUUAUAUUAUACUCAUUUCAUACUAUUUAAUGUAGUUAAUUAGUACCCAUUAGUAAUGAUCCGUGUAUUCAAUUUCAUUUGGUUUUUAAUUUGUCUGAGAAGAGGGAUAACUGAUACAUACAUUGAGGGUGGCUUGUGCUCAUUUUACCUGUAUUUUCAGUUGUUUGUGCUUCUAUUUAUAUAUUUUUUUUUUUGUAAAUAUAUGACAUUAUAUUAAAACAGAUUUCCAUCAUUUAAUUAUAGUAAAUAAGAUUUUUUUUUAAUUUUAAACACUUAAGAAAUGUAGUAAAAUACCUAUGAAAUACAUUUAUAUUUAUUAAGUUGAUUUAUAAUUAUUAUAAACUUUUGAAUAUAUAUACAAAAUUAUAUACAUUUUACAACUUUAUCCACACAUUUUUUUAAUUUAAAAUAUUAAUUAGAUAUUAAUUAUUAAUAUUAGGUUAUAUUUAAAUAAAUAAUUUUAUAGACAUGUAAUUUAUUAUAUGUAUUGUGGAUGAAAAUUUUGUAUUGGUGUAAUAAUACUGAAUAAGUAAUACAGUGUGUUCUGUGGUUUUAA